GUAUACUGUAAUACUACUGCUCGCCGAUCGUCUGCGUAUGAUAUUUUGCUGCUGCUAUACUACCGCUACAUUGCCGAAACAUAUACACUGCUAAAGCACUGCCUUGCCAGUGUCGUCCACCAUUCUCUCACACGUUGACCCAACAUCGCGCACGACGUUCGUCACUCAUCUGUGAUUUUUUCCUUACUGUUGAGAGAAAACAAGUCUGUGAUCAUGUCGAGAACGUCCAAGGCCUUCACCAAGGAAGAGGAGCUCCUCUUGCAGGACUUUUCCAGGAACGUUUCCACCAAAUCGUCGGCGCUCUUCUAUGGCAAUGCACUCAUUGUCUCUGCCAUUCCCAUCUGGUUGUUCUGGAGAAUCCAUCUCAUUGACUUGUAUGCAAAUUUGAUCUCUUUUGUUUUGGUCACCCUCAUCAGUACCUAUGCACUUGCCUUUGCCUACAAAAAUACAAAAUAUAUCUUGAAGCACAAGAUUGCUGUCAAGAGAGAGGAUGCUGUCAACAAGGAAAUGAGCCGUAAACUUGCUGAGGAUAAGAAAAUGAGCCGAAAGGAAAAAGAUGAGAGAAUCUUAUGGAAAAAGAAUGAAGUUGCCGACUAUGAAGCCACAACUUUCUCCAUCUUCUACAACAAUGCUCUUUUCUUGGCCAUCGUCAUUAUUUCAUCGUUUUACAUCCUGAAAACCUUCACACCAGCCGUGAAUUACAUGGUUUCCGUCAGUUUGGCCAGUGCUCUUCUCGCCCUUCUUUCCACCGGAUCACAAUAAAUUGUCAUAUUGUGCCCUUUGUUGUCGCCCACUCAUGAUUUUUUUUAUUUAAGCAGCUAUCACAAAGUGCAUACUGAUAUUAUGAAACCAUUCCCUUAUUGUUUGUUUUGAGCGUUAGAUUCAAUUGAACCAUCAGU